AUGCUCUCACCAUCUGCCUCGUCGUCUGCUGUCACCAUCCCCAUACCCGGCAAGUCCAUCUUGAAGCGCCCUCCACCUCCGCAGCAGUCGUUCUUCUCGCUCGCGCGACUCUCCAAACUCCUCCCGACACAGGCCCAGCAGGGCGCCGCCGCAAACGAUGAGUCCCGUCCGCUCAAGCGCGCUCACUUCAUUCUCCCGGAGAUGACCACGGUCUAUCCCAUCCUGGCGGCAAAUCCCCCGUCAACCCCGACGUUGAAGGAAGAGAAGCGGUCCAUUGAGGAGCGCGAGCUCGAGCGGCGGCGGCGGAUCGUGCGCGGGAACAAUGCCUCCACCGACUCGACGUUCGACGACGACUGGUGGAGCAUGGACAAGGUCGAGGGCUUUUAUCGGGAGUGUUGCAUUGGCCGGGAGGAGGUGCCUGACCCCGCUAUAUCCAUUGCUUUCAAGCGCGGUGGGCGUAUGUUCCCGCGAACGGUGGACUUGUCCGGUAUCCAACUGAACGUUGGCACCGCCGCAGUUCUGUCGGACGUGUUGACGAUCGAGUGGGGACUGCGCAAGCUAGUGUUCAAGGAGUGUGACCUUGAUGAACUGGUCCUCAAACCGAUACUCCAUGCCCUUCUGAUUCCCAACACUCUGACGUUCUUGUCAGUAGCGUCGAACCGACGCAUGAAGAUUCCGGCCUUCCGGCUCAUCGGAGCAUAUGCGACGAAAGCCAAGUCCCUGCAGUUCUUGGAUCUAUCGCAAAAUGCGCUGGAGAAGAAGUCCAUCGAGUACAUCGUGGUGGCGUUGCCCGACGCCCCUACCCCAGGCAUCAUCUCGUUGCGGCUGGAUGACUGCCAGCUCAAACCGCAAGCCCUUGAUACUCUUGCGCACGCUGUGCGGAAAUCGUCAUUGCGGAACAUAUCACUGAGGCACAACCGGAUCAGCGCAACAGGCGCGGUCGCUAUUGCUCUCAUGAUCAAGGACUACCCCGAUCGUUUCCCCGCCGCAGGAGACGGCUCAACACCUCCAUCCCCGGCGACAUCCACGACGAAUCUCCCCGGGUUCUUAUCACCUCCCUCUACCCCGGUCACCCCCACAAGACCGCAGCUUUCCCUCCCUAUAUCCAACACCCCGGUUGCGCCACCACCCAAGGCAGGCCCUGUCCUUCCUCCACCCCGCCACCCUUCCGCCUCUCCACAAACCACAUACACCCCCUACAUUCCCCGAUCCAAGCGGGGUGCGUCGGUGGGGGCACCCACUCCAGGACAUACGAACCCUUUGGCAUCAAAUGGUAGGCCGGUGCCCAUCAUCGCGUCUUCUGCCCAGGGAGGUGUCAUUGCUCGCCACCCUCCGCCUCCACCGCGGAUCGCGCAGGCGAAUAGUAAUGGAAGGAGCGCCGAAGGCCCCAGCAAGCACGCUCCGAGUGCCGCACUGCUGGAGCAAGUCCGCGCUUUGGAUAACCUCCCGCGGUUAGGCGCACUACAAACGUUGGAUCUCAAGGGCAAUGACAUCAGGAAUGGCGUCAGUUACAUCGCGCAGGUUCUCAAGCGUAAUCGCACACUCAAGGUGCUGAACUUGAGUGAGAACAAGCUUGAUGUUCAGGGUCUUGUGGCCAUUGCAGAAGCUCUGAAAUACAACUCCUGUUUGGAGACCCUUGAUCUGAGCAAGAACCCCUGUUGUGGGCCUGGUCUGGAAGGCAUCCAAUCCCUACGGACUGCAUUCACGCUCAAUAGCGCUCUGAAACGGCUAUUCCUGUCUUCAACAGGAAUGACUUCUGCGGGCGCCAUCGCUCUCGCGGAGUUCCUUCCGGAGUCGACUUCGUUGUUGCACUUGGAUUUGACCAUGAAUGGCAUCGACAUAGCUGGCGUCAUGGCUCUGAGUUCCGGACUGAAGGCGAAUCAUGUGAUGCGCUGCUUGGAUCUCAACAUCCCUCCCAGCGAUGAAGAAAUGGCUCGCAUGUGCCGUGAUAUCCUCGAGUCUUGCGUUCGGAAUACAGAAGAGGCCGAGAAGGCUUCCCAGAGUGGAUCGAGCGGCAGAGGCGAGGCUAAAGGCCUCUGGGGCAUGAUUGAGCAGAGCGAGUUAGCGAAAUCCAUUCGGAAGGACGACAAGAAAAAGGUCGAUGAGCACCUUGGCGUCUCCCCUCCUCGUUUCCUGGACCCGUCAACUGACAUCCUCGCUUCCACGGAACAGACCGAGUCCGAUUUCGUCAUGCAGGUCCACGCGCGCAAGAAGGAGCUCGAAGACUUGCUCAGCCGCACACCUUCAUGUUCGUUGUCGUUGUCACCCGCUUCAAGGCACGACGAAGAGCUGGUGGGCUCGACGAGGGAGAUGAUGAAGCGGCUGGUCUCAACCAUCGAGAUGACGGCGGACCCGUCGCAACUAGAGUCGCUGCUCACCCUCAACGACGAGCUUAUGACACUUGUUGUGCGGCUGGAGCAGACGCCCAAGCGGUUGAACCCGCAUGGUCUGAGCUUGGACAUCAGCGGCGCGGCCACCAAUGGGCAUGCAAGCCACACACCAGAAGGCAGCAGCUCGUCAUCACUUGAUGCCCCGGAACCGGAAGACGACGAAGACGACGAGCCGAUCACGCCGCGCGUGGACAAGGGCAAAGGCCGCGCUGAGCCGGAGCCGGAGCCAGUGGAGAGCAUUCUCAGCCCGACCUUCCUCAUCACUGAGUCUGACGAUGAAGACGGCGAGCAUCCUGCUGUUGUGUCAGAAACUGAGGAGGUUGAGGAUGGUGUCUCGCCUCAGGAUUUGUCGCGCUUACUCGUCGAGGAAGAGGGCGAAGUGUUCCGGAAGGGUGCUGUAUUGCUGACAGAAGAAGAGAUGGAAGGAGAGUACGCGGGUGAGGAGCUUCGGAAAGAGCUCCUUGAGGCUAUGGUGGAGCGCCCUCCUCCAAGACUGGUCGAUGAGUUCGCAGAAGACGCAAUCCCUGCAGACAUUCCUCUUCCUCAGACGCCGACGGAAAGCCCCAAGCCCGCGCCGAGGCCGUACAUCCGCCGCAUGCGCUCGUCGUCGUCGACACUCUCGGUCAGCAGUACUGGCAGCCAAGGAACGCCGACAGCGUCCCCCAUCGAGCGCACGCAGAGCAUGCCCACCCCUGCGACUGGGAGUCCCGUGUUGACUUCCGCAGUUAUACCGUUUGGCAGGAGAGCGUCCCAGAGCUCCAUCGCGGAGGCUGAUGAGCCUGCACCAUGA